AUGUUUGAACUAAGUGGAAUAAACAGAGAAGCUGCCUAUCAAGCUCUUCAUGCUGCUAGUUACAAACUGCCCAUCAAAUGUAAAGUUAUUGAAAAGAAUUUAACAAAGGCUAAAAUCAGGGCAAAAGCUGUUAGCACCUCGCCGAAUAGCCCUUGGGUUAUAAGUCCGACAGCAAAGCUGGAUUAUGGAGAAGCAUUAUCGACAAAAACAUCUGUUCAAGCUCAAGCCCGAACUGGAGCCAUCAACAAAACCGAACAUAAUAAAUACCAAAACUAUAAAUAUUUUACUAAUGGUGGAGAUGAGGGGAUUGAACCCCUGUCCUUAAGGAGCAAAUAA